AUGUCGAGAACACUUAAAGUAUUUGCUAGUUCAUUCAAUUGUGCUAAGGUGUUCCCAUUUGAUGACAUAGAUACACAGAAGUCCAUAUUAGAGCAGUUGAUCCCCCAUGUUUCACACCAUGAUAUCUAUAUAUUAGGGUUUCAAGAAUUGAUGUCGAUAUGGCAGGGUUCAUUUUCCAAUAUUUGCUUUCAAUAUCUCGAAGGUCUUUCAAAGCUGGUCUUGAAUCGAAUAAAUACGGAGGAAACAACAUUCAAAUGUGUGGACAUAAACUGCCUGGGAGCCAUUGGGCUAAUGGUUUUUUGCAAGGAAGAGCUGGAAGUAACAAAUAUCUUGAAAACUAAUGUGAAAUGCGGUGUGUUUUAUUCUAGUUUGAAAGGUGCUAGUGUUAUACGGUUCUCUAUCCUACAUGAGGGCGUUAGUGACACAAUUACAUGUGUAACCUCCCAUUUAGCUGCCAAUGAAGGGUUGAUCAAUCUGGAGAAGCGGAUUCAAGACUAUCAUGCCAUAAUGAGUUCCCUUAGGAAUGAGUUCGGUGAAAUGGAACUAAGUCAUGUCAUAUUCACCGGUGAUUUGAACUUCCGCUUGAAUAAGUUCUUCGGAGAUGUAGAUUACAGGGACCCUGAUAUAAUCUCGCAACUAUUAAAUGAGAACGAUGAAUUAAGAGAUGUGAUGAAAUCAGAAAGAGCGUUCACCCAGUUUCUUGAACCUAGCAUCCAGUUCCCACCAACUUUCAAAUAUAACAUCUCUUCACCAAAAGAUGACAUCGCUCAGGAUCCGUUAUACUAUAACUUUAAACGACAGCCGUCUUGGUGCGACAGAAUAUUGUAUUCUAAUAUCAGCAAAGACGCUAAACCAACACUAUACAAAGCAAUUCCCAGGACCGAAAUUUUCCAUUUUACAGACCACCAACCAGUAAUUCUUUCAAUAGAGCUUCCCCAUAUUGAACCACCAAACAUCACAAGAGGGGUCUCAUCUUCUCCAUCUCCCACCUCGUCUACGAGCUCUCUUUCACUUAGUUUUGGCCGAAUGGUAGAUUAUAUAAUAGGCUACUCCGGGUGGCUCUAUUUCAAACACUCAAGAAUGGGCCUACUGGUGUUAGUACUAUUUUCGAUAUACCUCUGGGCAUCUUAA